AUGAUUGUCGACGCAUUCGAAGAGGUUCUCAAGAAGACAUCCAUGAUUCCCCUUCCCACUGCCACAGGCGGCGUCUCGCCCAUCCCUACCGUCCUUCCCGACACACCCGACAAGCAAUUCGUCGGUGAGACUGGCACAAAGACACUAUGGGUUGUCUUCAUCAUUAUGUUGAUCUCUUCUGGUGUCUUCUCCGGUCUCGCCUGGAGGGUCCCAGUGCAAAAGCGCCUCUUCUAUGUCAUCACGACUCUGAUCACCAUCACGGCUGCAAUCUCCUACUUCGCCAUGGCCGUCGGCGAGGGUGUCUCCAUUCACAAGAUUCACGUUCGUGAGCAGCAUGACCACGUCCCUGACACCCACCACGAGAUCCACCGUCAGGUCUUCUGGGCCCGCUACGUCGACUGGGCUAUCACCACUCCCCUUCUGCUCCUUGACCUUGGUCUCCUGGCUGGCAUGAACGGUGCUCACCUCACCCUCGCCAUUGUCGCUGAUCUGAUCAUGGUUCUCACUGGUCUCUUCGCUGCUUUCGGCUCAGAGGGUACUCCUGCUAAGUGGGGAUGGUACACCAUUGCCUGCUUCGCCUAUCUCGUUGUCGUCUGGCAGCUCGCUGUCAACGGCCGUGCCGCUGUGCAGGCCAAGGGCCAGAACGUCUCUUCGUUCUUCCUCUCCAUCGCCACCUACACCUUCAUCCUGUGGACGGCCUACCCAAUUAUCAGUGUUUGGGGCUUUGCUGACGGUGCUCGCCGCGUUGGUGUUGAUGGCGAGAUCAUCGCCUACGCCAUCCUUGAUGUCCUUGCUAAGCCCGUCUUCGGUACUUGGUUGAUUAUCACCCACGCUAAGCUCCGCGAGACCGACGUCGAUCUCGGUGGUUUCUGGGCCAACGGCCUGAACCGCGAGGGUGCUCUCCGUAUCGGUGAUGACGAUGGUGCCUAAGCACGUCAUCAUCGUCUGGAUAUGACCAACUCGACAUGAGUAACAUCAUCCAAUCGAAUCUUCGAACAAAUUGCAAAGUGGGACAAACCACUCUUGAGAGCGUCCCAGGUGGAAAAGUGUCGACAACAGAUUGGUGGCUGAAAAUGCCCAGCCUUCCUGCCGUCUUCGAUAGUCUGUUUACGAACUUCAAUAACUCAAGCGUGGAGCAAAGGCAUUCUGUAUAUUAGUGCGGGAGGCCUGUGAAUGGUUUAGGUAAAUGGCUAAUGUGGUAAUUAAAUGAUCUUCUCACAAACACGUUGACUUCAUUACCGCAGUGACGCAUCCUCAGG